UUUGACAACUAGAAACUCUCCAAGUUGCCGAAAUAAAUCAAACCCAAAAAUGGAUUACAUAGACUUGGAUUCAUUUCGUUCCAGAUAUAGCGAUAUAACUGUAACUGCAGUGCCGGCUAAACGUGAAUCAAACCGACUACAACAAGAAGAUCAAGAAGUCAGCGAAGCUAAUGAGAGUCCUUUGGACUUAACGCCCACACCGCGUGUGGAAAUAAUACCCAUAGGCCAGCAACAUCAGCGAGCCAAGGGUGUGCAGCUGGGCCGUCACUCACACGAUUCCAUAGCCUAUGCUAAUGAAUACAACCAGGUAUUGGCCAAAUUGGAAUUUACAAAAUAUGUGCAAGCGCAGCUGCAUUUAAUGUCUUUUAAUAAGAAUAUGGCAGCAAAUAUGACAGAUGCCAACAUCAACAAUAAUAAUAAUAAUAAUAAUAACAGCAGCAUUGUGGAUGCCUAUGAGAAACUUUUGGGAGUUAUUGCUGAAAUACACAGCAAUUUGGGACCCACUUUGAUUGGCAUACGUGCGCCCAAGGAGCGCCUGUUGCGUGAUAUAGCCCAUGCGCGUGUAUUAGUGCGAGAGUGCAUUCUCGUCUUAAUGCAAGACCAAGUGACGUCAGCAUCAACCUCGGAUUCAGCUUAAGCAAAUGUGUGAAAUUCUAUACAGCUUUUACAUAAACAGAACAAAAACUACACACACAUACACAUAUUCUCCUUUACAUUAAUGCAAACAUAAGAGAAUAAAAAAAACAACAACUGCAAAUGUUUUUGUCACCUAUGCUUUGCUUGUCUCCUUUGCGAUCACCUAUCCUGCUGG